GAAAAAAAAAAAAGAGGCGUUUCCAACCAAGCCUGGCUUCAACCUACUGAUCACGUGACAUGGCCUUUGCCCGCCCGGCUCAUUCGUUCAGACAGAGAGCAGCUGGUAGUUUUCUGCGCAGUCACAGAUCUGCUCCCCGGCGCACUAACAGAGAAUGCCGCUGUCCCAGCGCGGAAGCGUCCAUUGAGUGUGAAGAGGCGUCUGACUGUAAUGUGCAGCGUCAGCGGAUAUGUAAACCAGUAAUAGCCUGCACAAAACGCAGCACAGACAUGGUAGAUUUCGGAAAAUGGCCCUUGUUUGCCCUGCUUUCAUCUCAAGACUUGUCCUGCAUCCGGCAAGCAUGUGUCUUUGGCUGUUCUGCAAAUGAGGCCAUAUAUACCACCCAAAAUAAUGAGGUAUUUGUUUUUGGAAUGAACAUCAGCAGUUGCCUCGGAACUGGAGACAAUCAAAGCACUAUAAUGCCCAGAAGACUUGAUGUACUUUGUGGCAAGAAGAUUGUUGAUCUAAGUUAUGGCAGUGGUCCUCAUAUUCUGUUGUGUAAUGAAGAUGGAGAAGUUUAUUCUUGGGGACACAAUGGUUAUAGCCAACUAGGAAAUGGUAAUACAAUCCAAGGAACGACUCCAGUCCAGGUUUGCAUGGAACUGUUGUCAAAAAAAGUCAUACAGGUAGCUUGUGGCUCUCACCAUUCAAUGGCUUUGACAUCAGAUGGAGAGGUUUUUUCUUGGGGCUACAAUAACUGUGGACAAGUUGGCUCUGGGACCACUGCGAACCAGUCUGUUCCACGCAAAGUGGCCAGUUCCCUUCAGAGUAAAGUAGUUGUAUCAAUUUCAGCUGGGCAGACUAGCUCUAUGGCUUUAACAGACAAUGGACAUGUAUAUGGUUGGGGUUAUAAUGGCACUGGUCAGCUGGGAUUGGGAAAUACUGGAAAUCAGCUUAUGCCUUGCCGACUUGUCUUUGCACAGCCAAUUUGUAUUAUACAGGUAGUUCUUGGCUAUGCCCACACCUUGGCACUAAGUGAUCAAGGUGUUCUUUAUGCUUGGGGUGCAAACAGUCAUGGACAGUUGGGAAUUGGCAAUAAAAGCAAUCAAACGGUGCCUGUGAAAGUUGGUACAAAUGAGAGGAUGGUGGAAGUCACAGCCUGCCACUCUACCAACAUAUCUGCUGCUAAAUCUCAGAGUGGGCAAGUUUACAUGUGGGGCUUAUGUCGAGGACAGUGUCUUCUCUCUCCACAUCUCACGCACUUCACCUGCACCGAUGAUGUAUUUGCAUGUUUCUCCAAUCCACCUGUAAUGUGGCGAUUCCUCUCAGUAGAACAUGACGACUUUCUCACAGUUGCAGAGUCUCUCAAAAAGGAAUUUGACAGCAAGGAAACUUCAGAUUUGAAAUUCAGAGUUGAUGGGAAAGAUAUACAUGUGCAUAAAGCAGUCUUGAAAAUAAGGUGCGAGCAUUUUCGGACAAUGUUUCAGUCCCACUGGAAUGAGAAUAGUAAGGACGUGAUUGGAAUUGACCAGUUUUCAUAUCCAGUGUACCGUGCCUUUCUAGAAUAUCUGUAUACAGACAACGUGGACUUGGCACCAGAAGAUGCUAUAGGGCUGUUGGAUCUGGCUACAUCCUACUGUGAAGACAGACUAAAGAAGCUGUGUCAAGACAUUAUCAAGAGAGGAAUAAGUGUGGAUAAUGCAUUCCUCCUGCUUUCUGCUGCUGUCAGAUAUGAGGCUGAGGAUUUGGAGGAAUUUUGUUUCCGGUUUUGUGUCAAUCAUCUGACUGACGUCACCCAGACUGAUGCAUUCUGGCAAAUGGAUGGCAUGCUGCUGAAAGACUUCAUUGUGAAGGCUGGCAGGACUGGAGGAUUCAAGAACUGACAAGUCUUUUGUUAAGUGGGAAGUUUACCUUUUAAUUGAGACCAUUUUUGUAUUUAUUUACCCCUUUCGUUGAAAAUUAACUUGUAUUAAUGGGCCCACAGUGAGUCACAGGACACUGCCAAAAAGUUUAUGUCUUUAUAUGAAGGUUUUAUGUCUUGGGCGUUGCUGCUCUUCAUGCAAAGUAUAGUGUGUAUAGUGCCUUGCUAAGCAUGUAGUGUAACUGAUAGAGGAGCCCACUGUACUGCUGAACACAACUCAUGUAAUUGCAUUUCAGAUGUUCACCAUAAGACAAUUUCUCCCCCUCCAUAUUUUAAGCAAAUACUGCCCGUAUUUCACCUAGAACUUGUGUGAGUUCAUCAUAUCAACACCUAUUCACUUCUUACUGCAAAGAGGAGUUAAUAUUAGACUUUCCCGCAUGCCUCUUUAUUUGCUCACUUGUGUUCAACACAACAGCAGAUCAUUUUAAUCCUUCCUUUACUGUUCCACUUGUUCUUUUAUGUGUGGCUAAAAUCUCUGAUCUCAGACUUCUUGAAAAAUGGCACUAAAGCAUAAAACUGCCAAAGGGCAAUUUAUUUCAAUGGAUGUCUGACCCCUUGUUUUUUCUUUAUUGCAAUAUCCCAUUCAUCCAGUGACAUAAGCAGAAAAUAUGUACAUACAGAUUAAGCCAAAAUCUUUAUUGUUCUAGAGUCUCUCCACAACGACCUUCCUUUUACUAGACCGAAGGUUUCUGUAUUCUACAUCUACAUUGUGUUCUGAAUGUUUUCCUCCAUUGCCUCUAGUUCUUGAAUGUCUCUUGUAAUGUACUCUAGGAUUUAUUGGUCAGUAGCCACAGUACAUGGCUAGCCUCUGUAACUGCUGUCUGUAAUACUUCAAAGUGCACUUAAUGUUUCAUUUCUAGAACUUUAUUUGAAUGAAUUUUGUUUUUUUUGUAUUUAAUGGCACAUGUAAAAAUGUGUUUUUAAUAACUAAAAAUAAAUAUUGACUAUUUUUUA